AAAAAUGUCAACAGAAAACGACGCUCGUCUGUUGCCAGACCGUCAAUUGGACAUCACCUCCCACAUCCCUCGUCGUCGCCGUCGUCGUUGUUGUCGUUGCUUGUCAUCGUCAUCAUCAGCAUGCCCCAUCCUCAACUACCCUAACCGCCGCGCAACUGUCAUCUCCAGACUCGAUCUCAAACACUAAUCCUCUCCCUCUCUACAAUGACCGAUCCACCCAAGCGAAAGAGCACCUCCAAGAGUCCACCCAUUCUCCCUGCAGAGUUCCUCACCCCUGCGCCCCCUAACUUAUCGCCACGCGUUUCUCAGUCGAGAAACACCUCCAGCGAUAUUGGUGUUCUCAAGCUAUCGGGUCAGGUCUCGCAAAACGAUGACCGUCUACCACUGCCGCACACCCACCAGACACAGGCCAGCGGCAGCGAAAGCAGCGGUAGCAGACCCAAUGUGUCCAUCACAGAUCUUCCAGUCCUAGAUGACUCGCCGGCCAACUAUCCGCCAGGCCAUCCCUACACUCAAGUCGUUUCCUCCUCCUCCUCCUCCUCCUCGAUGUCGUCGAGUCAAACAACCACCCAAUAUACCCAGUACCACCAUGAGUCCGAAUCUCAAUCGACCGAAAUCCUCUCCGUCCCGGUGCCGGCGUCUACUAUACCUGAGAAUGCGCCAUAUGUUGUAGAGGUGAGUUUCUCUCAUUCUCAUAACUCUACAAACUCGUUCUCUGAGCACAACACUUCCGGAGAUUCCAGUGGCAACAGAACUAGCAGCAGUAUCGGCGCCGACACAAGCGGAUCCAUGAACAGUCGCUCGUCCGAUUCCCAAAGUUCGCAUAUCAGCUUCUACCAGGCCGACACUUCGACUCCCAGACAUACCCCUGUCCGUACUCAAAAGUCUACGCCCUCCGAUUCCGACCAGUCCCAGCACUCGCCUCUAGCCAAGAUCACGUCUCAACAACAGUACAAGCAUCGCCAGACGUCCUUGGAGAUACAUUCUCAAGAUUCAGGGCCAAGCCGAAGCAACCAUAUCACCACUAUCCCGGAGCACGAAACUAUUGUGAUCCAGGACGAUCCCUCUCAAGCGAACGAAGCAUUUGGGACUGACCCCUCUCUCGAGGAAAUCGAAGCGGCAUUCGGCCCGGAGACGGAGGAAGUGCACAGAUCUAGCCAGGAGGCUCAAGUUCUAUCCGGCUCAGGUGUGCUGGAGGCGGAAGGAAUUGGUGUAAUCCGGGAGAGCUUGACUUCUCAAGACAUUCCUACGGCGACUAGCUCGAUGCCUGCGCCUACCAAAACCAAGAAGCGUGGUGACAGAAAGUCAGCGAGUCAUCCCUCGAGCACUUCCUUGGAUCCGGGUGCACCAGACUACGAAUACUUGACCAGCGACGAUGAUGAUGCCAGCCGAUCGACGCUAAGCAACAGGUUGGACCUUCAAUUGUCGGAAUCGCAGGUCAAUAUCUCUAUUUCAGCGCGAUCUCGAAGACUGUCUAGCACUUCGAUUUCAGGAAACCAAAAGGACAAGCCCUCUUCUCCUCCUCCUACUACAACGCCUGCUGUUUCUCCUCCUGGUAAUGAACUCACCGAAUCCGUGAGCGCUGCUGCAGACAAACGAUCUGCGGGUUCAGUAUUGGAAACCCAAGAAAUCCCCAGCUCUGUUGGUUCUGGAUCACCAUUCACUUCCAGAACGCGCCGAUCAACACCGCCACGUUCAGAAGGUAGGACAUCAACGUCUUCUCGUCAACUUCGGUCCCCGCGGUCUCCUCACCGUGGCACUUCGAAUUCGCAAGACCUGCCUUCGUCGCAAGCAAGCAGCUCAUCCGACACGUUUAUACGACGUCUGCAAUCGGUGGCAUCCCAGGAUCACAACGAUGACGAUCAUGUAUUUACUGCCGUCCCGAAACGUCGAAGGAUCAAGACCAUCGAAACCGAAAUCAGCACGCAGCACGUCGUUUCCUCCAUUGGCGAUGAAUUUUGGGAGAGCUCCGAGACGGUGGCUGCUACUACUACCGAACAUGAGACCCGAUCUCGAUCGGGGUCUCAGGAUAUUUCGUCUUUUCCAGAGGAGGAUAUUGCGUCCUUUCCAGAGGAUAUGCCGUCAGAGCAAGAUAUGGAGAAUCCAUUGCCUCUGGAGCCAGAGAUCUCUAACGAGUCCGAACAGGAAGAUGAUCCCCUUAGCCUCACGAGGAGAUAUCAGCGAGAGGCGCCUAGUCCGCCUUUCAAAAACUAUCCACAACCUCGAACAAGCCAGACCAAGGAGUUUCGCAGACGCGGUUCGUCUCAACAUUCUCCGCCGUCUACACCAACUCGGCGCACUACUCUGCGACGUCUCCGCUCCACAACCGAGGCAGUGCGUCAAUACAAGGUUGACGAUGCUGUAUGGGGAGUCUGGCGCAAAAUCUACUAUGCUGGCGUGGUAACUCGCAAGAACACGGAUAAGUACGAGGUCCGCUUCUUAGACGAUGACAUUAGCACCUGCGACGCCUCGAACAUGAGGCCUUUGAAGCUCAGACUUGGGACCAAGGUGAUGGCAAUGAAGACUGAGACCAUGGACUACCCCGCAAUGGUCGAGGGUAUUCAUAUGACCUCUGACCUUCAGCAAUCGCGAGUGGAUGUGCGCUUUGAUCACGAUAAAGCAGAGGCCAAUUUACCAUUGCGCUGUAUCAAUUUAAGCGAAGACAUGAUGGCUGAGUUGGACAAAGAUAUGGACUGGGACCAGGAGGCGGCACGCCCAAGUCCACAGUCUCGUUUGUUCAUUCCAGAGACAUCGAUCACCCUAUCCAGGCACUCUAGCUCUGUAUCCGCUCCUCCAGGUACACCUCGCAAGAACAGAAGUCGGGAAGCAGCUUUUGAACGAAGCACCUCCAUGUCCGCGACUCCAAGUCGCCGUGCCCGAGGUAAUUCCGCCCAAGGUGGAGGACCAUCGACCCCAAGCCGGCGUCCAAAAGACAUUUUCAAGGGCUUGCACUUUGUUCUCACGUUCACCAAGGAUGCCGAGCCAGGUCUAAGUCGUGAAACUGAGUCCAGAAUUAGGGCUGGUGGAGGGGUCGUCCUUGAAAGUUUUUGGUCGUUUUUCGACACUCAGCGUCCGCCACUAUCAAGCUUGCGCCUCAUCGCCCAUAAGCCGGUCAGAACCCAAAAAUAUCUCCAUUCGCUAGCUUUAAAUGUGCCCCGUAUUUCUGCUAAAUGGGUUGAGACUUGCAGUAAGGAUGUAAGUUGUACUCGAGAGCCAAAGUGAAAUUGUCCGUGGUUUAUUUGUCCUGUGUCUUAAUUAUCGAAACCAUUAACUCUAGGGCGAGCUAUGGCCGUACUGCUCUUACAUCCUUCCCACUGGCGACUCUACAGAGCUUGGGACGACGGUGUCUAGCAGCCCUUCCAAUGACG